ACGCAGUGCAAAUCGGGAAAAGGGCAUGAACGGGGCUGGCUUCCGUCGGGGUAGCGAAAGCUGGUUGUUCUUGGGGUUGGGGAAGAUGGGCCUUCGGCUAGAAGGCCGGCCUUAGUGAAGCGCGCCCGAUACCACGGUGAGUUCGGGGUUGGGAAGGGAAGUCGGCCGCAGUGAGCUCCUUUUCCUCCCGCCAGCUACUGGUCACUCGGAAGACAAACACUGUCCACGGAGAGGGUUAGGACAGCCCCGAAACAUAAAACCAGCUUUUGGAGGAAGGGCCCAACCUCAGCUUUUUCCGCUGCCCGCAUAGGAAUGCUCAGUGAGUUUCGUGUGGACUCAGAUUUUCUUGUCCGAGAAGGUGGCCUUGACCAUUUCUCCUCCCUUCUGGACACCCAGACCCUACUUUGACCUCCCUCCUCUUGCUUCCGUUUUCCGGUUUUUUGCUGUCUACAAUCCCAGGCCUUAUUACAGCCCCUCGGUGUUUCCCAAUCCCUACUUUGGCCCAGUCACGCUUGCUUUCAGUCAAGUGCCAAGUAUGGCUGAAGACUGUAAGCUCAUCAGAGUUAUAACUAUGACUUCCCCAAAGACAGCUAUUUUUUCUUAAAAUGUGUCUUGUAUCCUAGAGUUGUUGGGCAAGUUAAUUUCAUCUCAGCUUCAUCUUGGAAAUUAACAGAACUCUAAACUGCAGUGGAAAGAAGUACUUGUAAUGAAAUAACACCAUCCGUUGUAAAAGUAGAACGGUAAAGAUUAUUUAUCAUGCCUGCUGUGGCUUCAGAUCCUAAAGAGCUCUACCUCAGUUCUUCACUAAAAGACCUCAAUAAGAAGACAGAAGUCAAACCCGAGAAAAUAAGCACUAAGAAUUAUGUACAGAGUGCCCUGAAGAUCUUCAAGACAGCAGAAGAAAGCAAAUUGGAUCGUGAUGAGGAAAAGGCCUAUGUACUGUACAUGAAAUAUGUGACUGUUUAUAAUCUCAUUAAAAAAAGACCCGAUUUCAAGCAACAGCAGGACUACUUUCAUUCAAUUCUUGGACCUUCAAACAUCAAAAAAGCUAUUGAAGAAGCCGAAAGACUCUCUGAAAGCCUUAAACUCAGAUAUGAAGAAGCUGAAGUCCGGAAAAAACUUGAAGAAAAGGACAGACAGGAGGAAGAGCAACUGCAGCAACAGAAAAGGCAGGAAGCAGGAAGAGAGGAUGGAGGCAAGUCUGCUAAAAGUCCUUUGGAGAAUGCAUUGGAUUCCAAAGACAAAACCCAAAAGAUCAAUGGUGAAAUGAGUGAAAAAAAUGAAAUCACAGAGAGAGGAGCAGUCACAGCAAAGGAGCUGUACACAAUGAUGAUGGAUAAAAACAUCAGCUUGAUUAUAAUGGAUGCUCGAAGAAUCCAGGAUUAUCAGGAUUCCCGUAUUUCAAAUUCUCUCAGUGUUCCUGAAGAAGCCAUCAGUCCAGGAGUCACUACCAGUUGGAUUGAAGCAAACCUCCCUGAUGAUUCUAAAGACAGAUGGAAGAUGAGGGGGAAUGUGGAUUAUGUGGUACUUCUUGACUGGUUUAGUUCUGCGAGAGAUUUACAGCUUGGAACAACUCUACGGAGUCUGAAAGAUGCACUUUUCAAGUGGGAAAGUAAAACUCUCCUGCGCAAUGAGCCUUUGGUUUUAGAGGGAGGCUAUGAAAACUGGCUUCUCUGCUAUCCCCAGUACACAACAAAUGCUAAAGUCACUCCACCCCCACGAGGCAAGAAUGAAGAGGUGUCUAUUUCAUUGGAUUUUACUUACCCCUCACUGGAAGAACCAGUUCCUUCUAAACCUACUGCCCAAAUGCCACCGCCUCCUAUACAAGUAGACAAAAAUAUAGAAUUGAAAAAGAAUCAAGAUGAGAGAAUGGAACCACUUAAUUUAUCAACUCCAGUUGAACCAAUUGCUUCUUCUAAAUCUGAUGUUUCGCCUCCAGUUCAGCCAGUGCCUAUUGUAAAGAGUGUACCACAGAUUGAUCGUACUAAAAAGCCAACAUUAAAAUUACCUGAAGAUCAUAGCGUAAAACCUGAAAGUACAGACUAUAAGCAACAGUCUUCUCAGGAUGGAAAAGUUGUUCCUGAUCGUUCCACAAAGCCAACAUUGACUCCAACAGCUGCUAUGUUAACAGGCGAAGAAAAAGCUCGUAUUCAUGCAGAAACUGCUCUUCUAAUGGAGAAAAGCAAACAAGAAAAAGAACUUCAGGAAAGGCAACAAGAAGAACAGAAAGAGAAACUGAGGAGGGAAGAACAAGAAGCCAGAAAGAAAUCAGAAGCUGAAGAAAAUGAAAUCACAGAGAAGGAACAAAAAACAAAAGAAGAAAUAGAAAAAAGGGAAAAUGAACAGACCAAGAAGGAAGAUAAAGAAACCUCAGGAAAGUGGGGCAAAGAAAUAACAGGAAUAAAAAGACAAAGUAGAAGUGAACAUGAAACUACUGAUGCCAAGAAAUCUGUGGAAGACAGAGAGAAAAGGUGUCCAACCCCAGAAGUGCCGAAAAAGUCAACAGGAGAUGUGCCCCAGACAGAAGAUUCAAGUUCAGGCAAGGCUCAACGAGAACCUUUGACAAGAGCACGAAGUGAAGAAAUGGGGAGGAUUGUACCAGGAUUGCCUUCGGGUUGGGCCAAGUUUCUUGACCCAGUUACUGGAACCUUUCGUUAUUAUCAUUCGCCCACCAACACUGUUCAUAUGUAUCCACCGGAAAUGGCUCCUUCAUCUGCACCUCCUUCCACCCCUCCAGCUCCUAAAGCCAAGCCACAGAUUCCUGCUGAGCGGGAUAGGGAACCUUCCAAACUGAAGCGCUCCUACUCUUCCCCAGAUAUAACCCAGGCUGUUCAAGAGGAAGAGAAGAGGAAGCCAACAGUAACUCCAGCAGUUAAUCGGGAAAACAAGCCAAUAUGCUACCCUAAAGCUGAAAUCUCAAGGCUUUCUGCUUCUCAAAUUCGGAACCUCAAUCCUGUUUUUGGAGGAUCUGGACCAGCUCUCACUGGGCUUCGUAAUUUAGGAAAUACUUGUUACAUGAACUCAAUAUUGCAGUGCCUAUGCAAUGCUCCACAUUUGGCUGAUUAUUUCAACCGAAACUGUUACCAGAAUGAUAUUAAUAGGUCAAAUUUGUUGGGACAUAAAGGGGAAGUUGCAGAAGAAUUUGGUAUAAUCAUGAAAGCCCUGUGGACAGGACAGUAUAGGUAUGUCAGUCCAAAAGACUUUAAAAUCACCAUUGGGAAGAUCAAUGACCAGUUUGCAGGAUACAACCAGCAAGAUUCACAAGAACUGCUUCUGUUCCUAAUGGAUGGUCUCCACGAAGAUCUAAAUAAAGCUGAUAAUCGAAAGAGACAUAAAGAAGAGAAUAAUGAUCAUCUUGACGACUUUAAAGCAGCAGAACAUGCUUGGCAGAAGCACAAGCAGCUCAAUGAAUCUAUUAUUGUUGCGCUUUUUCAGGGUCAGUUCAAAUCCACAGUGCAGUGCCUCACGUGUCACAAAAAGUCUAGGACAUUUGAGGCCUUUAUGUAUUUGUCCCUGCCACUAGCAUCCACAAGUAAAUGUACACUACAGGAUUGCCUUAGAUUAUUUUCCAAAGAAGAAAAACUCACGGAUAACAACAGAUUUUACUGCAGUCAUUGCAGAGCUCGACGGGAUUCUCUAAAAAAGAUAGAAAUAUGGAAGUUGCCACCUGUGCUUUUAGUGCAUCUGAAACGUUUUUCCUAUGAUGGGAGGUGGAAGCAAAAAUUACAGACAUCUGUGGACUUCCCAUUAGAAAAUCUUGAUUUGUCACAGUAUGUUAUUGGUCCAAAGAACAAUUUGAAGAAAUACAGCUUGUUUUCUGUUUCAAAUCACUACGGCGGUCUGGAUGGAGGCCACUACACUGCCUAUUGUAAAAAUGCAGCAAGACAGCGGUGGUUUAAAUUUGAUGAUCACGAAGUUUCUGACAUCUCUGUUUCUUCUGUGAAGUCUUCAGCAGCUUAUAUCCUCUUUUAUACUUCAUUGGGACCACGAGUAACUGAUGUAGCCACAUAAGGAGAAAUAGGUAGUAAGCUAAUUAUCUUCUAAAAGCCUCAGCAGCACAGCUCUUCAAAUGCUUACAAAGAUACUGGAAAGCUCUUGCUGGCCAUUUAAAGAAAUUCUAGGGCACUGGGAGCUGUGUUACUAUAUUUCAGGUCAGUGCUCAUAUCAAAAGACUGACUGAUAACACCUAACAAGUAUUGCAGUAAGCAACCCUUAAAGGUACCAUUUAUUUCAAAACAUUUUUAGUCUGCUCCAAAGUUAAAAUAAUUAUCUAGUUAAGCAUUAUUAUUCUGUUGGUCUAAAAACCAUUGUAUCCUUUCCUUUUCAUUGUAUAGCCUUUUCACGUUUCUAUGUCCAGCUUGAUCAGUUAUGAAUACUAUAGAACGAUAUAAAGCAGGUAGGAAUGUAUGCGUAUAUAUUUAUUGCACACUUGCAUAUCAAAUUGAUGUACAUAGUAUAACAUGUCCUUUUGUGAAGCCUAGAACUCAAAGAGGAUUGCCUUUUUUUUUUUUUUUUUUUCUUCCACCUAUUGUGAGUAACUGCAGUGCUUUCUUAGGGAAAUGACAGGGCAAAGCUAUUUUUCUGUUGCCUUUGGACUGUAUUUGUGCACUAAAACUUUAUUCUAAGAAAUAAAUGAAAACUUUUCUUUAAUUUUUUAAAUGAGAAUUUCAUUUACACCUACAUUAAAAUCUUAAUGAGAAAAAUAAAACCCUAUAAGUGUUCUGCCUUUAUUUUUAUAUGAUCAAACACAGUACACUAGACCCAUAGAUUUUACACACACACCCCUUAUACAGACACACACUUUACCCUGCAACAUUGAUUUAAAAUUUCGUUCAUUUAUCCUAUUGCAUCAAGGCUCAAUUCCAUUGUAAUUUCACCUGGACACCAGAACUGCAUGUCACACUUACAAUUAUUAGAUUUGAGGUCAGAAUAAGAUGCAAUAACUGAGCACCCAGAUUCACUUUAUCAAGAGUAGUAGAGUUCUUAGGAUUGAAGUGAUAAGGAAUAGGAGUCAGGCAUCACUGCAAAGUGAACUACAUUUUGAGCCAUGUCUUCACAAAGUGAUGCAUUAAAAGGAGUAGGGGAGCUUAGACUUCACUUUUUAUCUCAGGGCACUCAGUUACUACAGUCAUUAAAAUGCUCCAUAUAAAAAUGAGAUUCUAAAAGUGCUCCUGAAAGACGUUACCAUUAGUGGACUCUUAGGGAAAGGAGGAAAGGAUGGGUUUUAAAUUGUGAAGGUGAGAACUUCUCAUGUUCUGCAGUUAGUCUAAGAGACUUGUAGCUUCUUGACUAAAUGAUUUUAUCGAUUAAAUAUUUUCAAAUCACACUCUUAAGGUCAUAGAGCCAUUUGAACAAAAGUUAUUUUGGUUCAGCUCCCUGAAGUAUCUUUGGAAAAUAAUUUGUUGAGUAUACAUAAUCGUAAUGAAAAAUUUGAUGAUAGGAAUCCACCCUAAUAAACACUGAAUUCUAAGUCUGAACUCAGUACGAAAUCUGCAGUGGUUUAAAGGCCCCCAUCCAUUAGUGCUGCAUUAUUUUCACGGUACCUUUUCAGUGGGCCAGACCCAUGUUUUUUACUUUAUAAAAGUUGCAUAAUAUGCUAGAAAGACUUAAAAUUAAUGAUGCAAGUAAAUUUCAAGAGUUUAAUGACAGCAAAACUUAGCUACCAGUUUCUGAUUGCUUGUUUUGCAGUUUUCAGAAAGCAUUUUCCUAGCUCUUGCGUUUUUAUAUAGGUAUAGAAAAGGGCUGGCAGCUAU